GGGGGUGGAUAAGAGGAUGAGAGGACACCACGGCUAACAAACAAAAAGGCUUUAGAAAACAUGGACUUUACCCACGUGAAUCAAUAUUCUAGCCCUGAGCUUCCUGUUGAGCAAAGAGGCCAACUUAAAGAAGAAAAAGAAAAAGAGGGAGAGCGCUGAAAGACAGAGGAGGUGGAGGGAGGGCUGAUGGAUGUCAUCUGAAGGAAAAAGGUUCUCAUUGGAGGCAAAGAGAAAAAGAAUCUCUCCGCACGUUUAUAGUUUGGGACAAAAAACCAAAACCGCAACAAACCCAUCCAACAAGCUGCAGGAGUCUUAGUCCGGCCUUCCAGCUCGGUACCGAGGAUCAGGCUCUUACGACUCUGGUGUUGGGUGCAGUGGUGUUGGAUUAGAGCUCUUACAAGCAGAAUGAUGCACUCCAAGCUGAAGUGGCUGAUCCUUAUCCAGCUAUUGCUAAAUGAGCAGGCUCUGUGCCGAGCACCUCCUCCUUUGGCAAUGAAGAACACUCUACUUCCCAGCACCACGGCUCGGGAAGCAGGGGGAAUGGCCAAACAAGGCCAGCAGUCUCUACUGGGGUCCCAAACCCAGCUUGGUCUCCAAUCUGAAGAGAAGGGUAAUCCUAAAUACAUGGCUGCACAAAAAGACGACAGAGUCCAGUCAGCCAGUCUCAUGGUAUCCAAUCUCAGGGCAAAGCUUGUGGCCCAGAUGCAAGAUUACGUCCACAUUCAUGGGAAUGUUAACUGUGAGGACUUGAUGUCUGCUACCACCAUUGGUGAACCAUCCUCCAGCUUGUUCCCCAAGGGGCUUCUGGGCCUCUCUCUGGUGCCCGUGUUGGCAGUUGCAGGCUGCCAGAAUGAGGCGCAGACGCUGGUUCUCGAGCUAUAUGACCUGCUGGGAGUGAGUGAUGCACAGGAGCUUCUAAUGGAAGUGGAGGGUCUGAUAGAAAGAAGGAUAACCCAUCCUACAGCCACAGCAGCACCCAUCUCAAGAAUGUUGCCUGCGGAGAGGGUACAGACAGACCACCACUUGGAAGCUGUGAUAUUCAACAUCCAGCAGUUGGCCGCGGCUGGGGAGGACAAGAUGGGACAGGAAACAUCUGAAGAUGGGCUGCAGAUAGAGCUGUGUGACAGCUGGACUAGGCUGAAUGGAACUAUGCUGAUGGGAAAGGCUGUGGAGGGAGGUGACCUGGAUGAAGCAGUGCGGGCCUGCGAGAGUCUUGGAUACCGGUGUGCCGGUGUAGCCCAUGGUGGACUGGGCAAACCUGGCAGGUACAGGGUGGUGCUGAAGAAAGGCAGCCGCAUCAUGCCCUCAGAAACCUCUGAGUCCGAAUGUUGGAUUCUCCAGUGCAACAUGGAGGUCGAAGAGUCACCCCAUGCGGCGGCAGGCAGACGGGCAAAGCGAAACUCCCAUAGGAACUGCAUCAACAGAAGGGAGGAGCGUGUCUACAAUGUGGUUGAGUGGAUCCCUGCGGUCAGUACCCUCUACAAUCUGGGCACAGCUGUGUACUAUGCUUCAGUCAAUUGCUCUGAGACAGCCAAGGAGAGGGCCAUCCUGAGCGCUGUAGAUUUUGGCACCGAUGCCCUCAUGGCUGUGACGGGGGGUGCUGCCGGGGUAGCGGGCUAUGCUCUCGGUGCAGGGGUGAAGACCGGUGUGAAGGCGGGUAUAAAGUAUCUGCUCAGCUCUAUGAAGCAAGAAGAGGACCUGAUGGUGAACCAGUACAGCUGGGAGGAGGGGUACAUCACCAUAGAGUAGACUGAAUUCCUAUUAGACCAAGCUCAAUCUGACUUUCUUGUAGCUAGCUCCUGCUUGGAAACAUUUCUGAGGCCAUUUUUACAAAAUGAGGUCACAUGGUAAUUUGUUUGUUUUUUUGUUUUUUGUUUUUUGUUUGGUCAGCUGAUACAGUACAAUAAUUUGCUGGUUGUGGGAAAAUGGGUCACCUUUACAGAUUUUAUAUAAUCAAAAAAUUGAGAAAAAACAAUUGGAUUUAUGAUCACUAAUUCAUUGAUUAUUAAUUGAUUAUUCAGCAGUGUUUGAUAUGGAUUAAAGCUUUUUCUUUGUUUGCAUGACAGCAGACACAAACUUGAUUUUUAUACUGUUUGUAACAGUUAUAUGCAGUUGCAAAUAACAGAAAUGCUGUUCAAGUAUUCAGGUUCCAAACUACAUUGCCCGCUUUACGUCAUCCAUCCAUCCACCCAAUAUCCAAGCCGCUUAUCCUGCUCUUAGGGUCGCGGGGAUGCUGGAGCCUA